GAUGCCUCACUCACUCGAUUCAUCCAGCCCAAUGAUUGUGAGUUUUCUGAUUCUCUCUUGGUUUCAGUUUACUCCUGUCGCCUUGGCUGCGUCUGACGACGUUUCCCUUCGCGUGAAUCCACUUGCUAACUUUAGUAUUACGUUUAGUCUCGAAGGGAUACCCAUCGUUUCUCGUCAUAUACCGCCAUCUCUUCAAACCCUUCUAUCAUCCCAACCUCCGAGAAGGCUGUUUUCAUCGAGAUCGAAGACGGCUUGCGAAGACUUGAGGACCGACGGUACAUGAGCCAGAGGUUCGUCCCGAGCGAGAAGAAGAGCGAGUUGAUCUCCAAGUUAGCUUUGAGCGCAAAGCUGGAGAGGGCUUUGCGGUGGAGAAUGGACAAGCAGGAUGCCGUACGGAGGCCGCGAGCAAAGACUGGCUAACUACUCGAGUGGGAGCGGAAUGUGGACGAGGCGGUUCACUUUGUGUAUGACAGGCGGUUCGUCUAUUUACGAGUUAUGAUUUGGUGUACAUCAACCAGCGGGAUACUUCUGCACUCUUUGGAGGCAGCCUCGGACGAAUGCGGUGUCAUCGGCCAGUAUCCACUGCAGAUCUAUUCCUGUGGUUAGGUUGAGGCUAUUUUUCUUAUUAGGGGCUGCAUCUGUUAUAUAUAGGGGGUUCCUCCAUUGCCGAACGGAGGGGCUAUUGGGCAUGGGCUCUCAUUAUCUAUCUUUGUCUCGAUGAAAUAUUGUCUUUCUUAAUUUUAGUGGGUAUUGCUGGGCGCUCGGAACUCGCACUUUGUCAUUCAGUUUUCUUGAUAUCAUACUGCUUACUACUAUACGAUUAUUAUUUUUGAUUUUUUUUGGCUGUGCAUCUAGUUCCAAUAUU